AUGGCCCGACUCACAGCUCUCCUCAUCCCGCCGCUGGUGCGGAAAAAGCCAAGCGCAGAACCAACCAAGACCUCCAACCUCUCCCUCAUCAUUAGCAUGUCCUCCGGGGCCUACCAUGGCCCACCCUGGCUGGUGAUGUACGGCGCAACGAAGGACUCCAACCGGUCCUUCGGCAUCGGACUCGGACUCAAACUUGCUCAGGACCCUUCAACAGCAUACAUCGACAGCCUGGUAGCCGUUCCAGGCGAGGUCCUUAGCCGAGGCAACUGCCGCGGCGUCCCUUCACAUACUCCCCGCAGGGACGAGUACGGACGCAACGUCGUCCGCAAAGCCGGGCUCGCUCCGCCUGCGGCUGGCGCGAGAUAUACGCUCAUUGGUGGCAUAGCGUCGAAUACGCACUGA